GGUGCCCAGGCCCUGGGGGUCCCAGGAGGAUGGAGUGACGGAGGCAGGAGGAGCCGGGGAAGGCCCGAGAGAGGUGGGAAGCGUGGGGUUCCAGACCUUUGGAUUUUCGGUCCCAAAAUAUUUAAAACAUCGUUGGGCACAGAUAAAGUAUCGCCAACUUUUUCAACACAGUGGAGACUUCAGCGUGUAGCUGGUACAUAGUGGGAAUGGAAAACCCCCGAGGAGGGAACCUCGGAAACACCAGGAUUUAGCAGGUGGUGAGUGCUGUGAUGGACAUGUGCCCCAUGCUCCACGGUCACCAAGGCCACGUGCCCAAGAUUGUCAGAGUCUGAGGGUGCAGGGAAGAGGGGACAUUUGAACUGAGUCUGGAAGGAUGAGCAAGUGGCCAUGUGAGAAGAGUGGGGACCAGUCAGGAGGAGGAAACAGCAGCAUGUAAUCUGAGAGCAGUAAGUGUGUCCCAAAGAGAAACAGUCACUGGGGGUGAGCCCGGACCCACAAUGGAGAUUCCCCCGGCAGCCAAGCUGGGUGAGGCUUUCGUGUUUGAGGACAGGUUGGAGAUGCAGACAAACCUUUUCCCGGAGGAGGACCCGGGGGACCCUUUUCUUCAGGAAAGGGCUUUAGAGCAGAUGGCUGUCAUCUACAAGGAGAUCCCUCUGGGGGAGCAGGACGAUUAUGAGGGGAAUAUCAGUCUGUGCUCGAGCCCCAUCCAGCAUCAGAGCAUCCCCCCAGGAGACAGACCCCAGGACGAUGAGCCGUCCAGCCCAACCUUCCUCCAGAAAUCAGACCUGACUAUGUGCCAGAUAAUCCACAGCGGGGAAGCGUCCGGUAAGCCCGAUGGGGAGACGGCGGGCAGGGGGGACUCGGGACCCGAGGGGCCUCACAGGACUGCACAGCCAGCCAAGCCCUACGCGUGUCGCGAGUGCGGCAAGGCCUUCAGCCAGAGCUCGCACCUGCUCAGGCACCUGGUGAUCCACACGGGGGAGAAGCCCUACGAGUGCUGUGAGUGUGGCAAGGCCUUCAGCCAGAGCUCGCACCUGCUGCGGCACCAGGCCAUCCACACGGGGGAGAAGCCCUACGAGUGCCGGGACUGCGGCAAGGCCUUCCGCCAGAGCUCUGCCCUUGCGCAACACCAGAAGACCCACACCGGGAAGAGGCCGUACGCGUGCAGGGAGUGCGGGAAGGACUUCAGUCGGAGCUCGAGCCUCCGGAAGCACGAGCGCAUCCACACCGGGGAGAAGCCCUAUCAGUGUAAGGAGUGUGGGAAAUCCUUCAACCAGAGUUCGGGCCUGAGCCAGCACCGGAAGAUCCACACGCUGAAGAAACCGCACGAGUGCGAGCUCUGUGGGAAGGCCUUCUGCCACCGGUCCCACCUCAUCCGGCACCAGAGGAUCCACACAGGCAAGAAGCCGUAUGCGUGCGAGGAGUGCGGGAAGGCCUUCAGCCAGAGCUCCAACCUCAUCGAGCACCGCAAGACGCACACGGGCGAGAAGCCUUACAAGUGCCACAAGUGCGGCAAGGCCUUCAGCCAGAGCUCCUCGCUCAUCGAGCACCAGCGCAUUCACACCGGUGAGAAGCCCUACGAGUGUGGCCAGUGCGGCAAGGCCUUCUGCCACAGCUCGGCCCUCAUCCAGCACCAGCGCAUCCACACAGGCCGGAAGCCCUACGUGUGCAAUGAGUGCGGCAAGGCCUUCCGGCACCGCUCGGCCCUCAUUGAGCACUACAAGACCCACACGCGGGAGAGGCCCUACGAGUGCAACCGCUGCGGCAAGGCCUUCCGGGGCAGCUCGCACCUCAUCCGCCACCAGAAGGUCCAUGUGGGGGACAAGCUCUAGAGGAGGGGCUGGCGCCGCGGCCCGCGCCUCUGCCAACUGGAGCCCGGCCCCCCGCUCAUCUGUGAGGCCUGCCCGCCUCCCCAGACCAGUGCCUCCUAGAAAUGCCCACCCGCCCUGGUGGCAGGGUCCGGCCCCCCCCUCCGAGGCCCUGGCCCAGCAGGGGGACUGGGUGGGGUGGGGAGGGAGGCCAAGGGCCGGGGCGCCAGGGCACAGCCGGCUCUCAGUUGUCUCGUGCUCACC